CGCCGAAGCCGCCGCGCGCCGAGUUGGGAAGAUGCUGCUGUCCCUGGUGCUCCACAUGUACUCCAUGCGCUGCGUGCUGCCGGCCGCCGUGAUGCUGGGCACGGCGCCCACCUACGUGCUGGCCUGGGGGGCCUGGCGGCUGCUCUCCGCCUUCCUGCCCUCCCGCUUCUACCAGGUGGUGGACGACCGGCUGUACUGCAUGUAUCAGAGCAUGGUGCUCUUCUUCUUCGAGAACUACACCGGGGUGCAGGUAUUGCUAUAUGGAGAUUUGCCAAAAAAUAAAGAAAAUAUAAUAUAUUUAGCAAAUCAUCAAAGCACAGUGGACUGGAUUAUCGCCGAUAUUUUGGCCAUCCGGCAGAACGCUCUGGGACAUGUGCGCUAUGUGCUGAAAGAUGGCCUCAAAUGGCUUCCGCUGUAUGGCUGUUAUUUUUCUCAGCAUGGAGGAAUCUACGUGAAGAGAAGUGCCAGGUUCAGUGAGAAGGCGAUGAGGCAGAAGCUGCAAAGCUACAUGAGCACAGGAACUCCCAUGUAUCUUGUGAUUUUUCCAGAGGGAACAAGGUAUAAUCCAGAACUAACAAAAGUCAUUUCAUCUAGUCAAACAUUUGCUGCUCAAGAAGGCCUAGCAGUAUUAAAACAUGUGCUGACACCAAGAAUAAAGGCAACCCACGUUGCUUUUGAUUCUAUGAAGAAUUAUUUAGAUGCAAUUUAUGAUGUUACAGUGGCUUUUGAAGGGACUAUGGACGGUAAAGGGCAGCGAAAAGAAGCACCAUCCAUGGUUGAAUUUCUCUGCAAAGAAUGUCCAAAAAUUCAUAUUCACAUUGAUCGUAUAGACAAGAAAGAUGUUCCAGAAGAACAAGUGUAUAUGAGAAGAUGGCUUCACGAGCGUUUCGAAAUAAAAGAUAAGUUGCUUAUAGAAUUCUAUGAUUCAGUGGAUCCAGAAAGAAGAAACAAGUUUCCUGGGAAAAGUGUUAAUUCUAAACUGAGUCUCAAGAAGACUUUGCCGUCGUUAUUGAUCCUAAGUGGGUUGACUGCUGGGAUGCUUGUGACGGAGGCUGGCAGGAAACUGUAUGUCAGAACGUGGCUCUAUGGAACCUUGAUCGGCUGCUUGUGGGUUAGUAUUAAAGCAUGAACGAGCCGCCGUCUCAAGGCAGCGGCGUGAGCUGCGCUGUGUGUUACUGGCAGCUGCACAGGACGUCGCAUUGUUUCCUGAAUUUAAUAAGACGUGUAAAUAAAGCCUUGUUGAUUGAACAGUGGAGAAAAUAGAAUUUCUGACUAAAGGCCAUAUGCUGUUGGCCUUGGGCAAACGCAUACCUUUCACAACUUUAGCUGAAGCUGCUGGAAAGGGAAAAGCUAAACAGCUUAUGCUGUCCUGGGCAUUUUCUAUGAACUAAUGAUGUCACCUUCAGAAGAUUAUUAGGAUUGUACAAUUUGUGAUUGUUUGGGAAUUCAGACAGCUGCAUUCAUGAACAUUAACUUGCAGUAUAUUUCACUGUAUUUGUUAUUUUCAAUUUUUUACAACUUGACCGGUCCAAACCCUUAUCACUAAAGUAUUUUAGUAUCCUGCAGCUAUGUAAUACUUUGCUUUUUGCCUAAUUUCUCCAAGUCAGUGGAAGAAAUAAUAAUAGUUAAGUAUUGAGAGGAUAGAAGGGAAGAGCCAAGACCGUUCCUGGGGCAGAAGCCAUGGCUAGAACAGGCUUUUAUUCUAUGGUAUUAUCAGAGGGUUUCACUUUAUGUUUGCAAAAGAAUUAACAUUGCUAAUAUUUAUUGAAACAGCUUAAUUUGCACACGCUCUACUCUAUUCAAAGGAAUAAUGUAUAAAAUGUGAGCAUUCAGUUUAAGUUAAAAGUGUGAGCCUGAUUCUUGUAGCAGAACUUUGCUCGGCGUUUGAAGAUUCAAGCUAAGCUGGUAGGACUUCGCAACAUCUGUGCCAUAAGUAUGUGACAACCUUAAGGUGUUCUGUGUGCUGUUUUAUAUCAAAAUAAUCACGUGUACUUUUGUUGGACCUGAAUCAACAGAUUUCUGAGGUGGUGAGAGCUUCCAGAUAUCUGACUGGAUUUACUAGUAUGUGCCUUUUGCCUGCUACUGUUGGGUUUAGCAAAAUAUUUCAUCCAAAAAUCAUGUUUUAUGUCAUCGUGGUUGAUUUCCACCGAACCCGAGUUCUUUUCCUUCGGAUUACCGGCUCUGGUGCCGCCCAGUGGACUGGCGGGCAGGAAGGGGGCUUCGCCAGCACUGUUGGUCCUCUUGGAAGGGGACUGAGCUUCACUGGCUGCCGGAAGACACUUUUCUUUUGUCUCAUGUCAAGAAAUUCACCUUCCUCAAGCCAGGGAACUACAGACUUAAUCCAUUGGGACUGAUUAGUUUAAUGUGGCCACAACAUUAAUUGGUGUCCCCUGAAAACAAGAGCUAUGUUUCAGGAAGCAAACCUCACCAUUUUCUUAGUCAUGGAGCAAUGGGUCCUGUGGGACAGGCUCUUUCACAAGGCGAUCUGCUCUAUUCCUGUGUUGUCAUUUAGACCUGAUUGCCUGGUAGUGCUUUAAGAGAACAUGUCUGCCUACUGCUGAUGGAUUUGUGCUGCAGAAUUGUGUAUCAGUGCCCCAGGUGAAACACGCUAAUUGAAUCAUGACAAACAAAAUGAAAAUUAAGGAAAAUGUUUUCUGAUUCUCCAGAAGCAGAGAGUAAGCCGUUCAGGCAACACCUUUGAAGAGCUGGCAAGUAUGAAUUGGUUUGUCUAUGUUAAGAGGUAUACACAUCCACACACACACAUUCCCACGGAAAGUCGUUGGCUUAGUUAUGAAUUAAUUGCUGGGAUGUCGGUAAAACUUUUGAAAAGUGAUCUUAUGCCAAAUUGCAAUUUUCUAUUACCGGUAAAGUGAAAUUUAGAUCCAUCAUAUGUCUUUGUUAAGUACUUUUUUUUAAUCCUGAAGUUAGAUCCUAUUUCUAAUUCGAUCAAAAUAAAAGUAAGUUGUGCGACUUACUUUGGAUAUACUAGAUAAGCUCUAAAUUUAAAUUUUCAGAGGCAAUACCAUUAGACUAUGUUGGUUGUAACUGAUUUUAGGAAGGCAGAGUGAACUGCAUAAAAUCACGUGAACAUCAUGUUUCUUAUGACUAUACUUAUUUUCUUCUCACAAAAAGUCUAUAGAAGACUUGUUAGUUUUAAAAAAGUUUGUAUCAAAAUGUUUGGAAAAUUAGAAGCUUCUUUUUAACGUGUAUUGACAUGACUUGAAUUAUUUUCUAAAAUUAAGAGUGCUAUAUCUCCCUGUAAAUCUUUUCACAUAAUAUCAUUUAAGCUUUUGUUUGUUAUUAUCAUUAUUGAUUUACAGCUUAGUUAUUAAUUAGUUUUUCUUUAUAAGAAUGCCAUCAGUGUGCAUGCUUUUAUGUUUUUCAGA